AGCCCCUUCGCCCUGAACUUCCAGUCUAUGCCGGAAGUUUCUCUCCCCUCGGACAUACGAAAGUGCUUUCAGCAUAGAGACGUCACGGGAUACAGCGGCCACCCCAGUUUCAGAUUCAUAACGUCCGUUCUGAACCGGAAGUCGAGGGUGUGUGACAUAUCUCUACCGGUCCCCCUCUCUUCUCUCCCUCUGCAAUUCUGGGGACGGUUUUGUUCCCUCUCCUCCCCCUCCCCCUCCCCGGCCGUCCUUAUUACGAGUCGUCGUAUCUCUAUGGGAGCUUCUCGCUGAGCGAAAGAAAGGAAGGAAACCGAUCGGGGCCAAUCGCUGGGCUGACAGCCAAAGUGCGCAUGCUCUCCUUUAAAGGAGAAGAGCCGGUUGCGACUGCGCAGGCGCGAUUGCAGGACUGAACCAUCGAGGAGCGGGCAGGUGAAUCCGGCGCGUUGGAGCUCCUCCGCCUGCCCCUCUGCUGGGUUCUUCUGCCAUGGCUGGCUCGUCCCUGGAGGCGCAGAAGCGCUUAGCGGCAGACAUCACCCGCGUCCUCUCCCUGUAUGGCUUCAUCACAGACGCCUACAUCAUCGAGUUUUUCACCGACAAUCUUUGGGGCAGCCUCCCACUGACCUGGCAAGCAGCCUUGGCUGACGUCCCACCCCCACAGCUGGCUGCCCUCCUGCUGGAGAACAGAAGCUCUGUGGAAGGAGGAGGAGGAGGAGGCAUCAGCUACAUCUCUGUCUGGCCACUCUCUCUGCUGGCCUUCAAAGCCGCCGCGCAUGCCUUGGCGCUCCCCAGAAGGCCCACCAGCCAGGCAACUGGGUCGAGUGACCGGACGCCGGAGGAGUUCCGGGAGAACCGGUGCCAGAGCUCCAAGCUUCACCCUCAUUUCCGGAAGCACGUGAAGCCCAAGAAGCAGCACGAAAUCCGACGGCUUGGGCGGGUGGUGAAAAAGCUGAGUGACCUCACAGGGUGCCGCCAGGUUGUCGAUGUUGGCUCUGGCCAGGGCCACCUCUCUCGCUUCCUGGCCUUUGGCCUCGGCUUGUCGGUCACCGCCGUCGAGGGAGAUGCCCAGCUGGUUGCGCAGGCCACCAAGUUUGACCAGGAGCUGGUGCAGGCACUGAAGAAAGAGCAGGCCAAGCAGGGAGGCCAGACUCCACGUGGCCUGUCUCUCCGGGGUCCAAGCCACGUGGUUGCCUGGGUGGAUCCCAGAGCACCGUGGCCAGAGUUCUUGCACUUGCUGCAGCGUGGGAAGGAUGAGGAGGGCAGCGGCAUGCCUGGAACCCCCCAUCCUGGCCCUAGGUUCCCUGGGAGGACCAAAGAGAAGGGAGGCCAACCCAGGGAGCCCUUUGAGCAAGGAAGAGCAAAGGCUGGAGAGGAGGAUUAUGGGGGAGGGGGUAUCCCAGCCUCCCCAGAACACGGGCCCUUGGCAAGGGGGGGCCGGGCGGACCCCUCCCGCCCCGCAGCUGGAAGGCAGUUCCUGCUCACUGGGCUGCAUGCCUGUGGCGACCUGAGCGUGGCCCUCCUGCGGCAGUUUGUGCGCUGCCCCCACGUGGUGGGAAUCACUUCCGUGGCCUGCUGCUACAUGAAGCUGACCACAAAGGAGGGCCCCAACCCGCCUGGCCAGGCCCCCACCCACCCCUGCCCCUCGCCCUGCCCAGUGGAGCACGGCUACCCUCUGAGCGCCUGGGUGGCCGCUCUGCCGGGCCACCAGCUCUCCUACAAGGCCCGGGAGGGGGCCUGCCAUGCCCUCGAGGACCACGCCCUGCGGCUCAAGAGCGAAAGUGCCACCUUGAGGACCCACUGCUUCCGCGCCGUGCUGGAGACGGUGAUACGGGCUGCCAACCCAGCCAAGAAGCGCCUCGGGGUGCAGACCAUCCACAAGGCCUACCUGCUGCCCUUUGAAGAGUACGCUCGGCUGGGCCUGGAGGGCGUGGGGCUGGACCCAGGCGCGAGGCUGGACUCGGCGGCCUGGGAAGCGAUGCUGGCCCAGGAGCAGAAGGUGGUGGCCUUCUUCAGCCUGGCCCUGCUGCUGGCCCCCUUGGCGGAGACCCUCCUCCUGAUGGACAGGACGAUCUUCCUGCAGGAGCAAGGUUUCCACUGCGAGGUCCUCCCGCUGUUUGACCCCGUCUUCUCCCCCAGGAAUCUGGUGCUGGUGGCAGCAAAGGCGGAGCUGAGCUCUGCCCUCUCGUGUGUGGCAGCAGAAAAAUGAGGGAAGGCGCUUUCCUGGCCCCCAAAGGGAACACAGCUUGGUGAAGCCUGGACUCCGACUCCUCCUCCACAGCAUUCAACCCCAGAAAGGGAGCCGGAGGACAGCCACGCAGAGGAACGAAACAGAGAUGGAAUUUCAGACAGCCAGAUUCUGCGUUGCAGCUGCCACAACUCUUUGUAAACCCAUAAACUGGGGUGGGGGACAUUGCUGGCCCUCCAGGUGUGGCUGGACUCCCCAUGGUCAGGGACGACGGCGGGAGCUGGGAGUCCAGCCACGUCUGGAGGGGCACACAGGUUCCCCCAGCCUUGUCGCAGAUCAGGCGUGGGGGAACCAGUUGUCAGUGAACUACAACUCCCAUCAGCCCCCGCCAGCACGGCCACUGAUCUUUUGAAAUCCUCCAUGGGGAUUUAAAGUGAGUCAGGAGCUUGUGCCGUUGCCAUCCCAUUUCCUCCCCCCUCCAAAAACAGCACAGAGAAAGAGGCCUAAAGAGCAGCAGAGAGAGAGAAACGUCACGAAGAGAAAGGACGGACGGACACAAAAACUGGGCUGAGGAGAUCCUUUAUACGGCACUUCCUGCCCAGCCCCAUUUCAGCCUUGAGUCGACAUCCUUCCUUCAGACUGAGUCCCAGAUGGGCAGAGAGUCUUUCACAGUCCAGGCAGCCGUCUGCCACUCCAGAAGGCAAGAGGGGCAUUAAUACCAGUAGGACUUCCUGAAGUGGCGCGUCUCUAUGAUUCCCUUCAGCUCCAUGAUUUCCUCUUGGAAGGUCUUCAAGGAGGGGACGUAGGUCUUCUCUAAGGCAUCCUCUACUGAUGUGUCUUUGGGACCAUCUGCGUUGGUGAUGGGGGUGGGGAGGGAGAGAAGGCAAAUGAGAAGAGAGGCUGAGUUUGGUAAACUACAGUGUUUUAUGCUCUGGUGUGGUUUCUGCAAUCCCCAGUCUCUCUGGUUUUUUAAAAAGUUCUAGUCCUCAUGGUGAUAGAGGAUAGUUUGAAAACACAAUGGGGCCCAUCUGAAGCAACAGACAGCCCCUCCUAGAGUGAGGAUUCCCUUUUCCCUACAUAA